UCGUCGUAGUAGAUUCUCAUCGUCUUUACCUCGAAUAACUUACGCUGUGUAAGCAUAAUGAUACUAGGUCAUACGCCUUGGUGCAGCUACAGUGCAAAUGCACUUUAGACAUAUGUAUGUGAAAGGGAUACCUUGUCAAAUAGCGCAUGCUCGCACGUGUUCUUACGUGUAGUGAAAGUGCUACUGUGAGGAAAAAAGAAAAAUUAUUGCGGUACUGAGACCGUUGGCGAAUCAUGGAAUGCUGUAUAGGAGUACGUGUGUACAUACAUAGGUUUGAGUCAACGAUAAACUACAGGCCGUUCACUUCUCAGUAAGUUUGAAUUGGCGAACGAUCACCAUCGGUGAUAAAAGAUGAGGACAGCGUGUUGUGUUACGGUGAAUAUAGUGUAUAAUAGAGUUGACUUAAUACGCUAGCUGGGGCGUUGCCCAAUCCCCAGUCUACGUUGCCUCUGCUAUACGGUGCGGGUCUCCAUGGUACCGUUUCAAAACUAAAACCAAGCAUACCUUCAGCAUUGUAACAACGGUGUGGUAAAAUUGUGUGCUAGACGUUAUCGUCAACAUCUGAUAUGAACUACGCACGCACGAUGCGCGUCUAUAGUAAAUUGGUGAUGAAUCAGAAGAGAUAAGUGAUCGACCGAUGAAUAAUUCUUCCUGGAUUGAAGCUCACAAUCAGUGAAAUUCUCAGUUGUCUGAGAACCUGCAAAAGAAGUACUUGUGUUCUGAUAUCGUGUGAACGAUUGGAAAAAGUUUGGUCUAAACUGUAGCGUUCGAUCGUUCAUUCAAAAAACUUCAGAUAAACCUGCACAGUUUUUAGAAGAAUUGUUAUACUUUAGAUUGAUUAAUUGCAAUCGCGUGUCUCCGACAAUCAGCAGUUGUUACUAAGUUUGAUGAGAGUAAAACUGUGAAGAAAUGUCGAUAGAAGAGUUCAUUAAAAAUCCAGUUCAAAAAUCGUCUUGUGUCUUCUGGAUUGAGAAAAUGUUAUAGUGAGAAAAAAAAUGACUCUAACAGAAACGUCAAGAUUCCAUAUUACUUAAUCUCAAAACGUUAGAUCGAUCAACGACUGAUCAGCAUCUAAUCACGAAUAAUUCGAUAAACUAUAACAAUACAAGUGCAGCGAGUAGUAAAACUUUCCGGGAAGAAACUGAACUUUUCCCUUUAUGACGGAAUAAGCAGUGAGGAUAAAUAUAAACAGUGUAUGUGGAUAUUUCCAGCUACGGCAGAUAAAGCGAAAGUUCCUACUUGCCUACCUGUAUCCAGGUGUGGUAGUGAUUGGGAAACUUGGUAGUGAACUUUUUUCCAACAAGGUACUACGUUUAAAGAUGGCCGUGUGUCGAGCACACGCCUACACGAACCAAGUUUACUUGUGCAUAGUGUUUUUUACCAUUUCCGUAUUGGCUCAGGAGCAAAAUCUACCGAAUAGUCCAUACAGGGAGAUUCCCCCCUGGAUACCACAAAACGCAAGGGAUUAUCAGACUUACUUUUACAAUGGCAGAAGGUACGGACAACAACCAAACUACCUGGACCCUCUUUACAGAGGCCCAACGCGGGCCCCUGAAGAUCGCUUUCGUUUCGGGGACACGACACCCCGAAUACCACUACCAGGUGUGCUAGGGGGUUGGCGAGAAGAUCUUCAAGGCAAAGAAAGAGCAGAUUCAAGAACGUUGGAUCGAGAUGUCUUUGUUACAACCAAUUAUGGUCAAGUUCAAGGUUUUAAAGUAUACUUAUACGACCACCCCGAAGCCAGACACAGACCGUGGAGCGUACCGGUGGAACGAGUCACCUCGAAUAUCAAUGUCUUCUUGGGAAUACCAUACGCAACUCCUCCAACCAAAGAAGGACGCUUCAAACCUCCUAGACCACAUAGAGGAUGGCAACUUCUGCAAGCAGUAGAUUGGGGACCAGCUUGUCCUCAGCCAUCUAGGUACACUGGUGUCCUAAAAGGAAUUCCUGAUGUUGAUGAAGAUUGCCUUUAUCUCAAUAUUUUUACGCCCAAUAUAGAGUCUGGAAUGGCUAAACGAUAUUCUGUUAUGGUUUACAUUCAUGGUGGGGAGUUCGUUCACGGAGCAAGUAACUUAUUUCCCGCUCAUAUCUUGGCAGGAUUCUAUGACGUUGUAGUUGUAUCGCUGAAUUACCGCCUUGGGGUGCUUGGAUUCCUUAGUACGGGAGAUGAAAAUAGUCCUGGAAAUUACGGAGUAUUAGAUCAGGCAUUAGCCUUGAGAUGGGUGUAUGAUAACAUUCUUUAUUUUAAUGGAGAUCCGGAAAGCAUCACACUCUUUGGUCCUGGAGCUGGAGCGGCCAGUGCAGGUCUUCUGAUGGUGGCCCCACGAACAAGAGACCUGGUUGCAAAGGUAAUAGCACAGUCUGGGUCAGCUCUGGCUGACUGGGCGAUAAUUCCAGACAAGUAUCGUGCUCAAAACACUUCGAGAGUUUACGGUGAGUUAGUGGGUUGCCCGAUUGAAAGCAGCUGGAAAUUGGUCCAAUGUUUGAAGGACAGCCGUGGUGCCAUUGAUUUGAGUAACUCGGAAUUCAAACCACAUGUUGGAAUGUUUCCUUGGGGCCCAGUCUUGGAUCAUAACUUCACCGUACCAAGAGAUAAUUGGUACGAGGACUGGAGGGCUUCGGAUUGGCAUUUUUUCACAGAAAUGCCAGAAGACAGUAUUAAAAACCGUAAAUUCAGAAAGGACUUGGCUUAUAUGACUAGUGUUACAACGCAAGAAGCAGCGUUUAUGAUUUUUAACAAUGCAACAUUAGCGAGAAAUCAGUAUAUAAUAGACCCGGACAUUUUUGAUCAAAAAGUGAGAGAACUGGUACUUCGCUAUAACUACACAUUAAAUCCGUUGGGUGUUUAUGAAGCUAUCAAAUAUAUGUACACCUACUGGCCCGACCCGAACAACGUUACGUAUAUUCGAGAUCAAUAUAUAAAUUUAUUAUCAGAUUUCCACUAUGUCGCACCUAUGGAUAAGAUGGUCAAACUUUUGGUGGAGCAAAAUGUUCCCGUCUAUAUAUACGUGCUAAAUACAACGAUUGAAGCUUUGCGAUAUCCAUUUUGGAGACGUGUUCCGCAUGAUAUAGAACAUCUAAUGUUAUCUGGUGCACCAUUUAUGGAUGUCGAAUUUUUUCCCAAAAAUUCGAAAUUGGAUAGGCGUACGUGGACGGACAAUGAUCGUAACAUGAGUCACUUUUUUAUGAAAGCGUAUUCUAACUUUGCGAGAUUUGGAAAUCCUACGCCAUCACAAAUAGUUGGAUUGCAUUUUGACAUGGCUAGACAAGGCCAGUUGCGUUAUCUUAAUAUUAACACAACAUUCAACAGUUCAAUUUUGAUAAACUAUCGUCAAACUGAGAGUGCCUUUUGGUCUAUGUACUUGCCUACUGUUAUCGGUCGUCUGGUUCCCACGUAUCCACCAGUAACCGAGUACUGGUGGGAACCCAAACAGCCUUUACAAAUUGCGUUUUGGUCGAUGUCCACAGCCUGCUUGCUCCUAAUUGUACUUUCUGUGAUUUGUUGUAUGCUGUGGCGAAAUGCCAAAAGACAAUCUGAUCACUACUACAGCGGAGACGUCUUGAUGAUACGUGAUGAUACUCAUUCGGAAGGAAUAGAAAACUUGACCCAAGCUUCAAAAGAAAAUGUCUAUGAGUACAGAGACGCACCUACAGCAAAAUCCCGAGUACCGCGUCAAAACGAAAGCAAACUUCAAGAGCGUCUAGCUCACAAUCGAAAAUUCAGUUCGACUCCAUCCUUGAGGACUAACUCUAAUGUUUCCCUGAGAGAUAUGCAGACAGAAGGUUUUGUCACAAGUUCACCUAAUGGGCAUCCAAAAUUGAGUAAAACUCGGAGUCAAACUUCUUUGCCCAAAAGUAAAAGCAAGACUCAUUUGGUCCAAGGUGUUCCACAAACAGCAGUUUGAGCGUAUUGUAAAUUUUUUUUAAAACAAUUUGACCAAUUGUUGCUAAUUGUCACACUGCUGGAAAUAGUAUGUUACAAAUGGACUUUCAUUUUAUACUAAUGAAGCAUGAUGAUGAAAACCAUGUGCGCAAAUAAUUUUUUAUUUCAUAUAUGAGAAUUCCAUUCAAAUCUAGUACACGUACAACAUAUUUUUAGAUACUCUUUUAUUAACAGGGUAUUCAGGUAUAAUAUAGUAACUGUCGAAGACAACCCAUGUGCCUUAAGAUAGAUUUGUUGAUGCUGCAAGAGAGAACUGCCAAAUUUGAAGAACUGGUAAUGAUUAGUAACAAAUUUUGUGUGAGGAAUCCCUAAACAUUUCACCCGGACCAUUUAGAUAUAAGAAAACUCGUACUAGUAGUGCCUCGACAGAUUUAUCUAGAUGAGAAAAAUCGUGUCGCAAUUCCAGCGGAAAUUGAAUUUAUUGGUGUAACGUACGUACUAGCGGAUAUUCGUUAGAAAUAAAUUGUGGUGAGUUGUUUCUUUUUUUUUUUCUUUUUUUUUUAUUCUUCGAUCAACACGCUCAUACUAGGGAAAUUAUAUGAUUAGCACGCAUAUGUGUAUGUGUAUGUCCGUCCAAUGAAACAAAAAAGUUUGAAAAUUAUUUUAAGUUGAAUAUUAUUAGAUUAUCCUAAGGAAUGUUGAGACUUUUGUCGGUACUGUGUUUAUUUCUAUCACAACUAUUAAGUACAAAGAAUCAUUCACGUAUAACUGCUGCUGAAGGUUUGGUGAAUGCGUAAUACAUGUAAGUUUCUAGAAUUACACCCGAGGUCAUGCAUUCAAAAGCAUGCUAUGUAUAUAAGCUUAAAAACUUUCAAAUAACUCAUCACCAUACACAUUUUUGAUACCGUGUCAAGUUUUCUUGCUUAAGAAGAAAGGCAGGUAAUUUUAUACUCACUAAUAUCGUUUUGAAUCAUAUUUUUCGUUUACAAGAAAUACUAUAUCUUUCAACAAUGUAUAAGUGUAUCGAUACAUAUGUAUGUGCACGAAAUAGUUCUAUGGGUAUGGAUAAUCAUACACCUGUCACUAAAUAACAAGGGGCGUUAAUGAUCAUUAGAUUAAUAAUUCGCACAAAUAACUCACGAACAUUAUCAUUGUAGGUAAUAAAAGUGAUCGAUCAUUUAUUAUAAUUACAGUUCAUUCGUAAAUUACCUCAAUCAGAUUUUGAAUAUUCUAGAUUUUAGAAUAAAACAACAAGCACAAUUAAUUCUCUCCGUAACGAGGAAAUUCAUUUAACUUAUGUAAUUCAUUAACUGUGGGCAACACUCAAAACUGCAAGAAAUUAUUUCACGAAAAAAAAUUAAGUAUAAUUGCGAACUUGUACUUCUCGCCAGGAUACUAUAUAUACAAAUACAAUUUUAUUAUAUAUUUUAUACAAUAUAUUUAUAUAAUAUAUUUAUCAAUGAAGAUAAUGUUUUUAAGAUUUUUUUUCGUCGUGUUAACUGUUUUAUUUUAGAUUUACCGAUUACAUUUUGCUUAACCACUAUUAGAAAAGCACCUCUUCAUAAGUCUGACAUGAGCUGCUAGCCGAAUAUAACGACUUCUGUUCAUUUGAUAACAUAGAAUUGAUUUUCGUAACAAACCAUGUGAAAUGUAUCAUACUAUAACAUUAAUCAUAUACAUACAUGACUGGUUGUGCAAAAUCAAAGCAUGUGAAUAAAUACAAAUUUUUACGCAA